CUGUUGUAGAGAAUUUCACUCGAUCGCACUCCUGGUUCGGUCGCAGUAUAGUGUUUGACGCGCAGUCGAAGAAGGCCAGUCGAAGCGGAGCAUAAGAGCAAACGUCGGGUGGACAAUGAAUCGCGCGAUGUUCUCCAAUAUAGCGGUAUAAUGUGAAUAGUGAUAAAUCGACGUGAUAUGGUGCAUAAUCGGAUUGUAAACGCGCGCGGUAAUGUGGAUAAAAAGUAAAAAAGCUAAGAAAAAAGUGCAGUGACUCUACGUUUGAUUGGCAGUGCACGCAGAGCGGCCCUUCGUGUACAUACACAUGUAAUGAGAAACUGACUCGAAAGCAGGAAGGACAGGACAGGAAGAAAGAAAAUGGAGCAUCGGAAGCAAACGAUGAGCUCGACGGAAAUAGCGAAAGCUAACGAGGAGUUCGAUCUGUUUUGCAACGCGACCACAUUGAAAUCGAUUCUGGGACACUACAGGCAUCUCUGCGAGUUGCUCAGGAUCAGGCCGAACGUGAUCAAUCAAUUUUACCCAAAAUUGAAAGCGAAAUUGCGAUCGUGGAAGGCUCAAGCUCUCUGGAAAAAGUUCGAUCAGAGGGCCAAUUACAAAUGCUACAAUCGUGGCAAAGCGUGCCCGAACACGAGGGUGUUGAUCAUCGGAGGGGGGCCGUGCGGCCUUCGUUCGGCGAUAGAGGCGCAAUUGUUGGGAGCCAAGGUUGUCGUAGUAGAGAAACGGGAUCGUAUGUCCAGGAACAACGUCCUCCAUCUGUGGCCGUUCGUCAUCCACGACCUUCGCGCCCUGGGGGCGAAAAAAUUCUUCGGCAAAUUCUGCGCCGGCUCCAUCGAUCACAUAAGCAUUCGACAGCUUCAAUGCAUACUGCUCAAAGUCGCUUUGAUCCUUGGCGUCGAGUUCCACGAGAGCGUCAGUUUCGACGCUCUGAUAUCCCCGCCGGAGAACCAGGAAGAGGGCAAGGUCGGUUGGAGAGCAAAAACCACCCCUGCCGAUCAUCCGGUCUCUCAAUACGAGUUCGAUGUGUUGAUCGGCGCCGACGGGAAGAGAAACACGUUGGAAGGUUUUAAGCGGAAAGAGUUCAGGGGUAAAUUGGCGAUCGCGAUAACGGCCAACUUCAUAAAUAAACGGACCGAGGCGGAAGCCCGGGUGGAAGAAAUUAGCGGGGUCGCCUUCAUCUUUAAUCAAAAGUUUUUUAAAGAAUUGUACCAGGAGACGGGGAUAGAUCUGGAGAAUAUCGUGUAUUACAAAGACGACACUCACUAUUUCGUGAUGACGGCUAAGAAGCACAGCCUGAUCGACAAGGGUGUGAUUUUGCAGGAUCACGCGGACACGGCGAAACUACUCGCCAAGGAAAACGUGGAUCGGGAAGCGUUGAUGCUCUACGCCCGAGAGGCCGCCGAAUUCUCCACCGAGUAUCAAAUGAUCGGUAUGGAAUUCGCGGUGAACCAUUACGGCCAACCAGACGUGGCAAUGUUCGACUUCACCUCGAUGUACGCGGCGGAGAAUGCCAGUCGAAUUUUGGAACGUCGUGGCCAUAAAUUACUUAUGAUCCUGGUCGGCGAUAGCCUGCUCGAGCCGUUCUGGCCGACGGGAUCCGGCUGCGCGAGAGGAUUUCUAAGCUCGUUGGACGCUUGCUGGGCGAUCAAAGGGUGGGGCGCGAACGUGUCGCCGUUGGAAGUGAUCGCCGAGCGGGAGUCGAUUUACAGGCUGCUCGGCCAGACUACGCCUGAGAACUUAAACAGAGAUUACGCCGCGUACACGCUCGAUCCUCAUACCAGAUAUCCCAAUUUGAACGUGUCGUCGGUGACACCGAUACAAGUGCGAAGUCUACUCGACACGGAUGAUCCCGACAGCGUGAAGCAGCCCCCUGUCCAGUCUGAUAUCGAUAUCCCUAAAAAGCGACGUCGUCGGGAUUUGCGUGGAGAUUCGCAAGUGCAUCCGGACACGCUGCUUCGCUGGCUGCAAAAGCAGGUCGCCCUCUACGACUCGGUUCAGAUAAGGGACAUGGGCGCCUCGUUCAAAAAUGGUCUGGCUAUUUGUGCGAUAAUUCACAGAUAUCGUCCAAACCUAAUAGAUUUCCACAAUUUGAAGGCGGACGACGCGGUUACGAACAACCAAUUGGCCUUCGAUAUAUUGGAGAAAGAAUUGGGCAUACCUCCUAUAAUGACAGGGGAGGAAAUGGCCCAGUGCGACGUUCCCGAUAAACUUGCCAUGUUUUCUUACCUCACACAGAUAUACGAGGUUUUCCGCGGUGAAAUCCCGUACAUUAAACAUCCGAAAUUAGAACCUGAAAACGAAGAAAGGCCCGCACAUAGUAAACAAUUGACACCCGAUCAAAAAGUUCAGUUAAUUGACCGUAUCGUCAGGCAAGAUAGCGCAACGAGAACGAGACACUCACGAUCGCGUCAUAACGAAAAUUUAAACCCCGCGGAUAAGAAGGGGGACACGAUUAGCCGACGUUCUCGAAAGAGACGAAGCACGGAGAAGAUGGGCGCGACAGUGGAGGAAAGGCAGAAGAGACUCGCAGAAAUAGAGAAAAAUCGCGCAGAGCGUAUGAGAAGGCGGCAAUAUUUACGAAAUAUGGCGACGCAGCAAUUCUACAAAAGUAUGCAGAUGCUGCAAGCGAACGCAAAACGCGAGAAAGACGAGCCGUUCGAAGAUUAUUCGAUAUUCUUGUAUCGUCAAACUGCACCGGAUUUCAAGGAUAGGGUGAAAUACCUAGAGCAGAAAAUAUUAUAUCCAGAUAGAGAACCUAAGAUUCACGCUGGUCAUCAUAGAAACAGCAUAGACGAAGAGUUCUCCGGUAGAAUAAAGAGCAUCGAAGACAAGCUGAAAGGAUCUACACCGGUCGAGAAGAAACCCAGAGAUCUUCUACGUGCAAUCGGUAAAAUUGAGAAGACCGAUUGGAAUGUGAAGGAAAUCGAGAAGAAAAUCGAAGAGAAUAAAAUGGGUCGUUUGGUUCGACACGACAAAGUAGAACGAGUGCCGAAAUGGAGUCGAGAACAGAUGUGUAUAUGCUUCAUUCAGUUUUUAGCUCGACAAAUCAAGAUGGAGAAGAAGGGACGUGAUCAAAGGGAGACAGAUAGUAAGUACGCUGAUAUUGACAAUACCCUGAAGAAUAUUGACAGGAAGAUCAAAGAGGGUAAUGUGCUUGGGUACAAUAAAGUCUCGGCAAUGGCCGAACAAUUUUCAAAUAAAAGUCAGGACGCGGAGCCCAAGAUGCAGAAAUCGAAUGUCAAGCCCACGAUAACGUUACCUGCUCAAGGAGGUUCAGAAACGUGUCAUUUUUGUAACAAAAGAGUUUAUCUAAUGGAGAGACUUAGCGCCGAAGGGAAAUUUUUCCAUCGAGGAUGUUUCCGUUGCGAAUAUUGUUCUACCUCGUUAAGAAUAGGAAACCAUACGUUUGAUCGGGAUAAAAAUGGAGGACGAUUUUAUUGUACGCAACAUUUUGGUUUCUCAGGAACGUUGAAGACUCGCGUGGAAAAGAAGAAAAUUACGUUGAAUAAAGAAAAUAUACCCGCUGCAACGUCUGUAAAUCUGAAAACACCUGAAAAAGGAAAGAUAUCCCUAGAAGGUGUUGUUGGUCUUGAUUUACUUGAUCGUGGACAAACACCCGAGAGAAUAGAAUUCGAGAAUUUAGCAGGGAUAUCGGACGCUGAAGAACCUCAAAGUCAAAUGGACGAAGAUGAAUGGACGGAUAGGAAUUUCGGGGCUUCUACCGCAGAGAUGGGAUCCAGUGAUGACAUUUCGGAUAUGAGCGAUUCAGACGAUGACAACGAAGUGUACGAAGAGGCAAUAGAUCAACCGUUAACAACCGAAGGAACUCUUGAACUUGCGAAAAAUUGGACGCUACGAUAUUCUCAUCCCCACGCAGCAAUGGGACAAUCUGAUACAGGGAGCAACGAAUAUGAAGAUUCUAGCGAUGAGUAUACGAAUGAAGACGAUGAAAGUACAACUGCUACGGAAGAUGAAGACGACAUACGCGCCCGAGAACUUAGAAAGCAGGAAGUUUGGUUGAAGAAUCCCACACGUAGCUCCGAUACGGACAGCGGUUCAGAAACGGAGGUUGCCUCCGAUGAAGGUACGUCGGAAGAAAGCGAAGAAAACUCAGCUACGGAAAUAUCGACAGAUUCUGAAUUCGAGCACGAUGGCGCAACUCCUACGCAGCACGAGAUCCCAGAAAUCACGAUCAACGAUGCAUACGUGCGGAAAACUAGAGGAAAUUACGUUGAACCAAAGAAAGUUCAAGUGAAAAGUAAAGUGAUUUCCUCGAUCAAUGGUAACCUGAAGCAAGAUAAAGAACUGGACGCGAAAUGCCAAUCAAAAAUGGAUCACAAUAUAAUAAAUCCUUCUCAUCUUGAAAAAGAGAGCAAGCUGAAUUUAUUAGGAUUCAAUAAUAAUACGAACGCAGUCCCAUUGAUAAACCCACGCAAAGGGGAUUACUUAUUGAACCGUACCCACUCCACCGAGGGUAUAGCGUCCAAGCUGUCCUUGGAAUUGAAGAAGAAGUAUUUGCUUGGCGGCACAGCUUUCGGAGGCUCGGUUAUGAAAUCGGGAUCAGCCUCGAACGUCGACACUCAGUUGAGAAAUUUCACGGACGCUAUCUCUCAACACCAAAAACUUUUGAACCCGGCUCCAGAACCGAGCCCCACGAUGCAAGCAUUCCUGCAAGGAACGAGCAAAUUGCGAUCGAACAACGCUCAACUAUCCCCCAUCUCGCCCACGGCUAUAUUCUCAUCCGUGAAACCGUACACGGCGAAUCGAUCCUCCCACAAUUUGUUGAACAAUGACAAUCCUAUUUAUAAGUCGACAAUUUUGCCCGAAAUAUCGAAGACCCAGCUACCGGAUCUGGUCAAGGAAUCCAGUAUAUUAAAAUCGAAAACCACGCCUAACAUCGUGCGCGGCGAGUCCAAGGACGUGGAGAAUAAAGAAAUUGCGAAAGAGCAAGCGGUUCCUGGCCAAUUGCAAAAUAAUUUCGCAGCGAGCACGGACGAGAACAAUGGUUUCCGGCCACGAAGCCCUUUGCACGAAACCUCGAUCAUCGUGCCUCAAGUCGAUUGGAGCAAGAACACGGAGGAAAGGAAAGAGGCGGCUAGUAGCGGGGAUUCGGAGAUGGACAGCGAUUCUCUGUCCUCCGGGGAUGGCGAGGCGGAGGAGGAAGGGCAAGAUCGAUCGCCAGCUGUUGUUAAUUUGUCCCCACCCCGUUUACAAAUUCACAGUACGGAUGGGGAUCUUCUGUUGGACGAAGAAGCCGAGAGAUGUAACAAAGAUUUCCAGGUGGAUGACGGCCAGUCGUUCGAGCCCGAUUCCAUAGAGUGUUCGUUUCUACGGGAUAAAGGACAGUCGAACGAUAGGAUCGGUUCUGGGGUGAAUAAAACCUCGAUGGAGCUGGAGUUAGUGAAGAACGAAAUCGAGCAAUUGGAGUUGCAGGACGACGGUAGGAAGAGUAUUAGCAAUUGCAGUACACCUACGUCGAUAACCUCUGCCAUUUCGAAUAAACACGAUGAUUCCGAAGAGAACGACGUGACGACAGCGGCCCUUACCGAGACGGAAUUCUCAGAGUGGGCCCGUGACGGGGAAGUUUUGGUCUCGGAUGAUCUACGGGACGUUGAGUUCAAUAUCAAUCCGGAAUUCAUAACGACGAGGAGAAAAGCUGGAUUGUCGGAUGCUUCGAAGAUAGGCCGUAAACCAAUUACGAUAGCCAAAGAGGAAGAUUUAACGGAUAUGGACUUCUUCGAUUCUUCCAAGUUGGAUAAACAGUUGUUGUUGGACGUUCCUGUUAACGAUACCUCGAAACUCUUAGCCAAUGGCGAGAAUAUAGAUUUUAUGGACACGGAUAACGAGUCGUUGUUGGACGAUAGUUUGCAAGAUGCUUCUAAUAUGGUGAUGCUCAAAAAUAGGGGAUACGUGGAAUUUGUUAAUGUUAAAAGCGCUUCGACACCGGUCACAAGUUCGCAAGAUAAAUCGACCGCUGACGCUCCUAUUGCGAAAUUAGAGAAUGAUUCGGAGGAAGAAGGUUACUACGAUAAGAACGUGAUAGAAAUAAAUCCAAUUACCAUGGAUGAUGUUAUGAACAAAUUGAACGGGUCUGCGAAUAAGUCUGAGAGCGAUAGUUGCAAGACAAAUGCGGAAAUAAAAUCGAAUUCCGUUCAACAAGAUCAAUCUAUCGCGGAAGCGGUGAAUAAAGAGUUAUUUCAAUCGAUGGAAGAAGAUAGCUUGCUUAUCGUUGAACCCGCCGAGGACACCACCACCAGCGAGGUGGUCACCAUUCUUGCUAGCCCCGUGAAUCCACAAGUUUCAAUGAUCGCGGCUCAAACUGAAAAACAAUCUGAGCAGGAAACGAAAACGACGACCGAUUUGAACAAUCCUGAUUAUUUGGAAUACGUGAAGCGUCUCCAAUCCAGAAUCGCUGAAUUUAGCAAUGCCAAAGAUUCUAUAGAUGUGAGGAAAUCGAAAAGGAAGAAUUCAAAAAGUUCGCUGCAAUCUCGCACGGCCGAGAUGAUAGCAGAGGAAAUUAAGAAUCAAGAAACUACGGUAAGUAAUAGUUUCAAUUCGCCGGCUACGUCGAGAAAAUUGGAAGAAAUUACGAGGGAAAGAUUCAAGCAGAAAAACGUGAUACAAGAUUUAUUGAUGGAUAAAGUAGAAGCUCAUAAACAGAAAUCCGCCGAGAAAAAGGCAAGAAGAGCUGCUAGAGCCUCGUCUUUCAAUUCAACUUCUGCCUUAUCGCCAAUAAGACCAUCCGUUCCUGGUAGUUCGUUAGUUAAUAAAUUUGUACCUACAUCCAUAGUAACACCUGAAAAUAGUCCCUUGCAUAAUAUCGGCUCUGCUGAAAGUAAACAGCCCGUGGAAAUUAAGAAAUCUUACGAAAGCCAGCAAUUGCCUUGGAAAUCGGAGACUGAGAAGUUUAUAAAUGAGGAAAGUAAUAAUAAUAAUGAUAUUCGAUCUUGCGAAAAUAUCACAUUGAUUAAAACAGCUAAUGAAACGGAAAACAACUUUAGAACGCCAGUUGCACCCCCAAGAUUGAAGCAUGAGGAGGCAAAGAGGACGGCAGAGAAAGCGAGGCAAGAUGCGAGGGAAAGGGCUAGAUUGAAGAGCGAUGAAGAUCUGGGUCUCAGUCCGGAAGAUAAAAUCAAAGAGUUGAGAAUGAAAGUGGCGCGAAGGCAACUUUCAAUGGAAGAGAGGAAAACUAAUGAAGAAACACAGCCUGAUGAUCCUCGCAUAAGACUUUAUACUUAUGGAGCAAACAAGACUGAAUUAAAAUUGCAAACGAGCAAAAGUACGGACAAUAUGAAAGCUGUAGCCGAGGCGAUCAAUUUCAGUGGUUUAUCUACUGCCAGUGCGAAAUCAAUGGAUGAAUUAUUACACGCUGAUUCUCCCAAAUCAAACAGCUCAAUAAUAAAAAGGGAUAAGAAACAAAAAACGAAAGAUCCGGAAAGAAGAAAAAGUAUCAUUCAAGCUGUCUCAGAUUUCUUCUUUAAAAAGGAAUCUUCCCCUUCGCCGUCCAAUCAAAAAGACAAAUUAUCUAUGUUCCGUCUAACGUCAAAGACGAAAGGCAAAUUAUGUAAAUCGUAUUCGGAAGGGUCAGAUCUUGAUAAAGUCUUAUCACCGAAAAUGAACGCAAGACCAAAAAGUGUUUGCGAAGGUAUGCUCGCAAGAAACUUUUUAAAUGAAAAUCCGCCGCCAAUUCCACCGCCACCUCUUAUUUAUACCAUUCCUACUACACAAAUCUCAGAUGAUAGUUUAUCGGAUGAUGACACAAAAACAACAGCAGUGUCGACGUCAUGCAUACAUAAAGCCACAAUAACAGAAGGUUCAUGUAAUAGUAUUUCACGUAAAACAAAAACUACGAAACGAAUAGCUAGACAAGCACAAUUAAAAAGAUUGCGUAUGGCUCAAGAAAUACAAAGAAAAUUGGAAGAAACAGAAGUUAAACAAAGAGAAUUGGAAAGUAGAGGUGUUAGCGUUGAAAAAGCUCUUCGUGGAGAAGGUGAAUGCUCCGAUCGAGAAGAAGCAGAUUUACUCAGAGAGUGGUUUGACCUUAUGAAAGAACGUACAGAAUUGCGUCGAUAUGAAAAAGAGCUUUUAGUACGAGCUCAAGAGGUUCAACUUGAAGAUCGUCAUGAAAGAUUGCAACAAGAAUUACGUGAACGCUUAGCUGAUGAUGAUAAUAAAAAGACCAGUGCCGAUGUGAAAAAGGAAGGAGAAAUUUUAACAGAAAUGUUGGAAAUAGUCGCAAAACGGGAUUCGCUUAUUGCACUUUUAGAAGAAGAGCGACAAAGGUAUCAAGACGAAGAUCGUGACCUUGAAGCUCAAAUGUUGGCCAAAGGCCUCAGAUUAACACCAAUAAAAAAAUGUGGUCCUAAGUAUUCAGUUUAAUAGGAAUCACAUUAUUGUACAUAUACUUCAUUCUAUAUAUCCAUUGAUAAAUUUUACUAAAUAAGUAAAUUAAUUAUAAUGUAAAUAAGAAGUAAAUCUUAUAAGAAUCAAUUUGAUCUUACAAAGAUCAAAACUAAAAUUUUUUUAUGUAUUGAAACAUAAAUUCAUUUGCAAUGUUGUCUCUCAUUGUAUAUGUGCAAAUCUCAUAUAUUUUAAAAAAUUACGGAUCAAUUAUUUUGUUUUAGAUUCGAUUUUUACAGAUUAUUGUGUAAUAUAACAUUUAUUUUAAGCAUAUAUAUAUUAUAUGCGUUUUUAGAAGUUUCAUUCAUUUGUAGUAUACAUUUUUUUAUCUAUUGUAUAUCAUAUAUUUUUAAAUUGUCAGAACAAACAUGGAAUUGUAUUAUAAAUGAAUUUCAAUUCUUAUUGCUUAACAUUAAAGGUAAGGUAAAAUAAAUAUUAUCGCACAUCUGUUGUGCAAAUUGUACAGGAAAUUACAAUAUGACAUUAAUGGAUUUGAAAAAAAUUUUAUGAAUAUAUAUAUAUAUAUAUAUUUUAUCAUUGCAAAAUAUUGAUCAUAAUUAUAAUAAUAUUGUCACAAGAAACAUUUUGCCUUUACUCAAAUAUGUAAAUUAAUCAAAAUAUGAUUAUUAUACAUAUAUUUGAUUAUUACAAAUAUAAAAUGUUGUAUUUUGUGAUUUUAAUAUAAUAUUUAAACAAGUGAUAAUAGUAAAUACAAUUUUGCAUUAGUAAUGUGCAUUGCAAUAUAUACACAUGAUAUGUACAUUCACAUAAUUUAAAUAAGAUGUAUAAAUCUAUUUUUAUGUUUACAAAGAGACUGGCAAACGAAAUGUAUAAACAAUUAUAAAAUUUAAAUAAGCCAUAAACAUGUAAAGUUUUGUAUGAAAUACAAAAUGGACAUAUAUUUACAAUUAGAAAA